CCAUACAAGUGUAUCCUGGAGCGGAAGCCGUAAUUGUCACUACACCACCCCUCAUACGCAUUUGCAGGUCAUUAAUCCCAACUGCGAAGCAUCUGCCAAAUUUAUAUCUGCAACUUUUUACUUUAAAACUCACCUCGCAUCACAAAUAAAACAUGGUUCAUAAAGUUCUCUUCUGGACCGGCUUCGGUAUCUCCCAUUCUUCCCUUCUUUCCUUUGCCCCUCCUUUCACAAGCCAUUUUCCCAUUCUUUCUUUCCAAUUUCACUAACAAGCGUCCCUAGGUAUCGCUGUCCGCGCAUGGCAACUCGGCCUCGAAAUGCGACCUUUCUUUAACCGACAAUCCCUCUGGGUCUACCCCGUUUUCGGUGGUGUCGGUGCUUCAUUCGGAUAUUGGAUGCAGGGAGUUGAGAAUCGACAACAGGCUAUUCUUGGAGCAAGACGGACAGCUAUUUUGGAAAAGAGGGCGAGGAGGAAGGAAAGAGAGGGGGUCGCUGAGGAGUCGUAGGGUAUCCAUUGGAAGCAUGAUGCGGAUUUUGAAACGAGACGAAUAUAGGGUUACGAAUUGGAAUGGGUGGGCAGCGGAGAAUAAGAAAUCAAGGUCUGUGAGAAGUGUACAAAGCUUUGCGGGCAAUCAUCCGAUGAGAAAGAAACCACUCAUAUACAUUCAAGAUGUAAGAUGCACAUCGGGGUUGAAGGUCUAAAUCUAGCUCAUGAAGUCUAUACCAAAUUGAAGUAAGGAAGCUCUAACAUU